CAUCAUUGUAACAUGUGAUACUAUGGUGAUGGAAGUGGCAGUGUACCUUUGCCCACUAUAUUAUAUUGGUUUCAAUGAAAGCCUGUUGGCUUUAAAUGAGGUCUUCGAUCAUAAAGAGUGCAAGGGAGAAGUUGACACUUCUGGAGAAUUUCCUCUUCUGAAAUUUAAAGUUCCUCUCAAUAAUACCAGCACCUGUGGGAGCAACUUUCAGAUCACAACUGAUUAUAAUUCGGCUCUCUUCAAAGAUUUCUCAAAUAUCCAAAGUGUUAAUAUUAGUGGUUAUAUCAAGACAUAUGAUCCAUCUGUUGGUACUGUAUCUUACAUGCAAGAUGUAGUGUACAAAUAUUCGUGUGUCUACCCACUGGAAUAUUUUGUCAACAACACCAGACUAGAUGUUGCUGGUGUUGCUGUAGCUGUGAAAGACGGUAAUGGCACCUUGAUUAGCAUGCUCACCCUGAAACUCUACUGUGAUGAAAACUGCACACAUCCAAUUCAAAUACCUUCUACUGGGCUUAUGUUAAAAACCCAAAUCUUUGCAGAAAUACGAGCCCAAAAUCUCAGUAGCAAAUUUAAUGUCUUGCUGGACCACUGUUUUGCCUCAGUAGCCUGUACUCUUUCAAAUUCUACAAUUUAUGAUCUCUUUUUGGGAUGUAGCAAAGAUCAGCAAACACAAAUUAUUUUUAAUGGAAAGGGACAGCAAGCAAGAUUUUCCUUCACUGCCUUCAGAUUCACAGAACACAAGAACUUGCCUGUAUCAACAUUCUGCUUACACUGUGUCACACGAAUCUGUGAAAAGAAGAGUUGCAACAAUUUCAUACCAGUGUGUGCAAAAAAGAGAAGUGUACGAAGUUAUGACUUUUCUGUAUCUCCUGAUGACAUUUCUGAAGCUGAGACAGUAUCUUCUCAAAUAUUAGUUAUUGCAAAUGAAAACGAGUACGAGGCCACUUUAAUUGAGAGAAAGACCAACAAGUUAAUGCGUGAUUUACGUGACUAUGAACAGAAUAGAGCGUUCUUGUCGAGAACGCAACGUAACAGGAGAAACAAGCAAGUUAGAUUUUCCUCUAACUUGCCAGGCAACCAACUGCAUUAUUCGUCGGCAUCCGAAGGUGGCUAUACCUCAUUUGAAGAUGAAAAUUUCGAGGCAGAGUAUCCAGGACUUCCACAAGCUGGACAGUCUGAUAAUUUUCGACAGACUUUCAGGGGAGAGUCGAGUGCCAAUUUUCGUGAGUUCAGGGGACAGAAACGGAUGCGUGAACAACCUGUUAAUACAGGGGGACAACGUUCUGAAUACCAAGGACAUAAACGUGGUAAACGAUAA